AUGUUUCUAGAUAAAUUGAUGUCACCAAAAACGGCUGUCAAUCAAAAUCUAGAUAUAGUUAUGUCAAAUUACCAAACGAAUAAACCCGGAGACGACAAUAAUAGAACUUCAGAUCAUCGAAACCGCGAAGAAUUCGAAGAAACACCAACAUGGGCUGCUGUAGUAACCGUGCUUGGAUAUGCUAUCCUGAGUGCACUUGGUUGGUUACGGGAUUUUCUGCGGCAUAUUGUCGUAUUCACCCGAAGCAAACAGAUUAGUUAUGAAUGCUUUUAUACACGAAAUUUGUACACACGUAUACGCGAUGUUUUCAAUCAACCCAUUGCGAGCGUUGCAGGCGCUAAAGUACACGUUAUGGAACGUGUGUCAGAUGACUACAAUUGGACCUUCAAAUUCAGUGGAAAGAAAAUUCCCUCGAUUAAUCUCGGCUCAUAUAAUUACUUGGGUUUUGCAGAGAACCAAGGACCAUGUUCCGAGCAAGCAAUAAAAUCAAUUGAAACCUAUGCUGUAACAACAUGUAGUACGCGUCAUGAGUUAGGACAUCAACGUUAUGUGAAAGAAUUAGAAUCCUUAAUGGCGGAGUAUUUGAAUGUCGAGGAUUGCAUUGCUUUUGGAAUGGGUUUCGCUACAAACGCAUUGAAUAUUCCAACAUUAGCUGGAAAAGGAGAUUUAAUACUCAGUGAUAAACUUAAUCACGUUUCCUUGAUACUUGGCGCACGCUUAUCUGGAGCAACAAUCCGAACAUUUAAUCAUAAUGACAUGAAAGACUUGGAAGCUCAUUUACGUAAAGCUAUUAUAUCGGGUCAGCCACGUACCUGCCGGCCAUGGAAGAAGAUUUUAAUUAUUGUCGAAGGCGUGUACAGUAUGGAAGGUUCAUUAUGUAAAUUGCCGGAGAUUAUUGAAUUGAAAAAGAAAUACAAAGCGUAUUUAUACGUCGACGAAGCACAUUCCAUCGGUGCAAUUGGUUCACGCGGUCGUGGUGUUGUGGAUUACUGGAAAGUAGAUCCAAAUGACAUUGAAAUACAUAUGGGUACAUUUACAAAAAGUUUUGGAUCUGCAGGCGGAUAUAUUGCUGGAAAAAAAAAUAUCAUUGAUUAUAUUCGUGUUAGUUCACAUUCGGCAUGUUAUUCAUCGAGUAUGUCAGCACCGAUUGUUCAACAAAUUAUUUCAGCAUUGUCAAUCAUUAUGGGUCGUGAUGGUACAAACGACGGUCAAAAACGUAUUCAACAAUUAGCCUGUAACGUGCGAUACUUUCGUCGUCAACUUGUCGAUAUGGGUUUUAUUGUUUACGGAAAUAAUAAUUCACCCGUUGUUCCUGUUAUGUUAUUUAUGCCGGCGAAAAUCGCAGCUGUCAAUCGAGAAAUGUUAAAACGUGAUUGUGCUGUUGUUACUGUUGGCUUUCCUGCUACUUUAUUGACAGAAUCGCGCGUUCGGUUUUGCAUUUCAGCUGGUCAUACAAAAGAAAUGCUUGAUCAUGCUUUAAAAGCUAUGGAUGAAGUUGGUCAUCUGGUUUCGCUUCGCUACUCAAAGAAAAAUCCGCAUCAUCGUUGGGUUGAGCUAGAUCAUGCUGAUUACGACAAAGAGUACACAAGUUAA